UAAACAAACAUAUUACACAUUUAAUUUAAUACUAUAAAUAAUAACAAAUUAAAAUUAUAAAAACGUUUUGUCGUUCGAAAGCCAAUAACAAACUAUUUUAAAUCUAUCUAUGAUUAAAAACGUUAUUUAAAAUUCUGUUAUAAAAACCGUAAGCAUUUCAUAGACCAAAAGGAGUCCGCUUCGAUAUCUCAAUAAGGCAACAACAAACGGUAAUAACGUUAACAGAAAAAAAAUUACAUUUUCAAUAAAAUAAAAUUGUAACUUGGAUUAACUGUGAUUUGAAAUUAAAAAAAAAAAAACAAAGAAAAACAAAAAAAAAAAAUCUAUCAAAAAUUAAAAAGAAAAAUCCUAGUUUUUAAGGAUUUUCUCUUUUUUUUUUUUUUUGUGGUGAAAAACAAUUAUACAUUCAUAAUUAUAACAAGAAUUUAAAAUUUAUAAAUUUAAUUUAAAAUAUAAAAAAAAAAUAUAAAAAAUUUAAAAACAAUGAUUAAAAAUCUAUUUUAUAUUUAUAUCGUUACCACUAUGAUAACGGUAAUUGUUGGGAGUGAACAACAAGAAACAACAGAUAGUAUUUUAAAUAGUGCUAUUAGUUUAAUAAGUACCUGUGCAAAACAACCUCUGGUAUUAUGUUUAAAGGAACGAGCAUUACAUUAUUUUGAUUCAGAAAAUGGUGAUGUUAAAUUAAGUGAUGGCAUACAAUUAAUUAAAACUGAUGAUAUACCAGUUGGUAGAUCAUUAAAUGAAAUUAAUUUACCAGAUGAACCAGAAGCAAGAGAAAAUGAAGUUGAUUCGUUAUUGGUUGAAAGGAUUGCAAGAUUUUUCGGAACGCACACAUUACAAUUUAAAGUUCCAAGGGAAUCAAUUGAAGAUAUGCAAAGAUCAUUAGAAGAAGGUAGAUCACGUGAAAAAAAGAAGGGUAAAAAAUAUCUUUUACCACUUUUACUAUUAUUUAAGUUGAAAGCUGCAGCUUUAUUACCAUUAGCAAUUGGUUUCUUAGCUAUGAUUGCAUUCAAAGCUUUAGUGAUUGGUAAAAUUGCAUUAUUAUUAUCUGGUAUCAUUGGUUUGAAGAAACUCUUGGAUUCAAAACAUUCAGCACAAAGUUAUGAAGUUGUAGCUCAUCCACAUUAUUCACAUGGUUCUUCAUAUGAUGAACAUUCGUAUGGCAGAUCAAUGGAUGCACAAAAUUUAGCAUAUUCAGCAUAUACCAAAAAAUAAAAAGGAAAAACAAAAAAGAAAUAAAAUGAACAACAGAAUUAAAAAAAAAAUGAAAUAUAACCAUGAAGGCAAUAAUUAGGACUGUAAAAUAUUUAAUUUAAAAAAUAUUU